AUAUAAGACUGGACUUCAUUGGAAAAUAUCAUUCUGUGUUCAUUAUACAUCGAUAAACAUGUCCACCUUCAGUUUCUUGUUGCUUUGCAUCCAGGCUUGCCUGAUCCAGAACGUCUAUAGUAACCCUAUAGGCCCCUGGGGUCCCGGUUAUGGAAAUAUCGGUUACGGAGCGGUGACUGAAGUGGAAACAACAGCCAUCGAAGUGGACAGCGUGAACCGCGGCGGGUGGGGCUACGGCGGCCUGGCCCCUGGCUAUGGAUUCCCCGGCGGGUACGGUCUGGGCGGCGGAGUUGCGGUCGGCGCAGUCACUGAGAUCGACAAAUUCGCUGGCAUCGGCAACUUGGGAUACGGCCUGCCAGGAGCCGGCCUCGCGCCUGGACUUGGUAAAUAUGGGUGGGAAGCUGAGUAUGGGCUGGCUGGUUUAGGUGCCAAUAUCGGAGCUAUCGGUGUUGAACGAGUUGGUCUCGGCGCAAUCGGCCUACCUGCACCUCCUGUGCCUGUGGUCAAAACUGGCUACGGCGGUGUGGGCAAUGGUGUGUUCGAAGUGUUUGCUGAGAUGCCAGCCGCCGGCACCGCCCUUCUGGGUGGCCAAGUGCCAGUGCUCGGCGCUGUGGAAUUCUCUGGUAUCCUGCCCGCUGCUGGUGCCGUGACCAUCACCGGAAACUGCGGAUGUGGUCUUGGUUACGGGCUUUACUAAAUAUUGAUUUGAAUUUAUGAUUGUUUAAUGUAAAAUAGAAUUUCUUACUUAAACUGUAUUUAUAUAUACAUAUAUAUACAUAAUAAAAACGUGAACAAAUCAUGUGUGUGUUAAUUUUUUUUUAAGUUUUGUCAAAGCUAAUAAAUAGUUUUUACAAUUUGAAUAUUUUCUAUUGAACUGUGCACAAAUAUAAGACAUAGUUCAAC